CCUUAACCACAUUUCUCGAGUCCUAUCUUCAACAACAAUGGCUCCCAAUCUUCGCUCGCUUCGCUCGUCCUCCCACGCCAGUGCGAAUCAAUCCCGUCCCUCCACCCCGGCCGAUGCGCCUGCGCCUACGAGCGCGACUCCUUCAUUCUCCGAAACCACCAGACCCCGGAAACGGCGCCGCACUGGACUGAACAGCCAUGCUGCGAGUGACCCUGUAGAAGGACAGGAACUUCCUGAGACCGAGCUCGGGGGUACUGCUGGUGAAGCGCAUGUGCUUUGCGACGCGUCCGACUGGAAGGAGCCCCCAACGCGGGUGCAGCAAACCACUUGGGAAGAAACCACUUGGUCCGGUACCAACAAAGAAUCCAACUCAGUUCUUCGUUCCAUGCGCCCCCUGGGCGAGAUGCCCUCGAUCCCUGAGCUGCGCAAACAAGGGUUUUUGCCCAAGAUCACGGAUCCUAACGACCCUUACGACAGCAAUACUGGCGAGAUGCCCCCGGCAGUGGACGGGGCGAACGACCUGAACGAAGACACGACCGGCAAUCUCGAUGUCCCCACGACAGUCGCGGAUGAGACCGAAGCCGAGAAUCUGCAUGAAGCUGAACCUCAGACCGUGUCUGAAUCCCAAACCGAGACUGCGCCUGAGCCUGCGACUGCUCAGCCCCAAAGUCACAUCUUAACUUUUAUGGCCAUUCCUAUUUCGCCGUCGACCAUUGUGGACGUGGAAAAGGUCAGAGAUGCAGUUGGGGACGCUUUGAACGUGGCAUCCGAGUCUGACAACACUCGAGUCGCCCGUGGCCUGCUCCGCAUGUGGGAGAAAAGUCAAUCAGACCCCUUCAUGCUGUCCAUUCUUGAGGCCAUGUGCAAAGAGGAACCCGACCCUACCCAGAGACGCGCGUUCAACAUCAUGAUGCGCGCUGUUGGCAAGGAACUGCGGGCGGAGGAUGCGGAAUUGGAAGCUGCUGCAUUGUCCCGCAAACGCAAACAUUCCCAGAGCAGCGAUUCCUCACUUUCUUCCGCUAAAUCCCUUGAUGUCGAAACAUUCGCGCCCGGCAUGGCGGCCACUCGGGCUAAAGGCAGACACGCCAAAGCAGCCAACACCGCACAAGUCGCCGGGCCUCCGAUUCGCCACUCGGCCUUCCCUCCAAGAAAUGCACCCCUCAAGCGCAAGCGCGCGAUGGAGCAAAGCGAGGACUUUACCCCUGAGGCCAUGACCACCAAAAGAAUUCGCCUACGCCCCCCUGUUCCCGAAUCGGUUACCCCCGCCGAAAGUCAAGUCCGCCCGGUGCCAGACCGCACCUCGCUGCCCCCGAUUCCCGACUCUGACGCGUUGUCAACAUCCAGACAGGCCACGCCCGUCGGCAAGGCUGAUGCCCCCAGGGCGCGACCGGAAAGCCCCUCUAGCAGCGAUGCCGAAGGCAACCGGCGGCUGACCCCCACUUUGUCCAGAGGAGAUGACCGCGCGGAUAACAACGACUUCUGUCGCGAGUGCAGAGGGAGCGGUCAGCUCUUAUGUUGCGAUGGCUGCGUGAACUCAUUCCACUUUUCUUGUCUCAGUCCUCCCUUGGACCCAGCGAACCCCCCGGAGGGCGACUGGUAUUGUCCCAGAUGCACCGCAGCGAAUGGGAUGGACUCGUUGCUCUCCUCGUUCAAAGCCACUACUCAAACGGACUUUGCGUUGCCCCAGGAACUUCGUGAAUAUUUCGCGGGCGUGCGAACCGAUGACGCCGGAAGCUACCAGGAGGGCGUCCCGAUUCCGAGAUUUAAACCGCGCACGGUCAAGGGCAGCCGCGAGGCCCGCUACGACGACCCCUUCCUCCUGAGGGUCAAGGAUGCCAAGGGCCGCUAUAUCUUCUGCAUCAUAUGUGGACGCUCAACUGGAGGCGAACGCCCCAUUAUACACUGCGACUACUGCGAAUGUGGAUUCCACUUGGAUUGCCUGGACCCACCUCUGGCCAAUCCACCCAUGCAAAAGCCCGGCAACGGUGACCGGGCACAUGGCACAUGGAUGUGUCCCAACCACGUCUUGCACGACCUCAUGGCGGCGUCUCCGCGCAUCCGCCGUCCCAGGAACGCCCGCAGGAUAGACGUUGAGGUCGUGCCAAACGAGGAGGAGAUGGAAGAGCUCGAGGAGCAAAACCCCGAAGGGGUUCUACUCCACGUGAAAGAAGAUGGAAUCAAAUUAGAUUUCAUCAAACGGGUCAAGCAGGAUAACGCGGAAAGAGAAGCUAUCACAUUGGCCGCCGCCACCCACGCCGAGUAUGCGGCGCGCCGGUUUGACGCCCUCACGGCUGGUGCGCAGGCCUUUUUCGACUCCAACCCACCCGCCGUGCCCACUCCCGAGGUAACAGCCAGCACCCCCGAGGCCACGGUUGGGUGGGAAUCGCCACUGCGCACCACUGCCGAACGGGAGGCGGCUGCCAACCUCAUCGAAUUUGCGCAGAGCAACCCGAUGGGCGUCCGCCCCCCGGAGGCUCCCCGCAUCGGCCUUCUCAUCGAUGCCCUGCGGGCUAGCGCCCCUGAAUUCCCUUCCGUUGAAUCGGAAGUGGAGGCGCUGCGCUCUCUGCAGUCCCUGAUUGAGCGUCGUAUCGAGGCGCUCAAUCAGGGAACGCCCCGUUAG